AUGGCACUUCUCUGCUUCAAUUCCUUCACAAUCACCCCUGUUACCUCUUCUUCCUCCCUUUUCCCUCAUCCCACACCAAACCCUAUUUCUAGAUUACGAAUUGGCCUGCCCACCAACUGUUUGAAGGGGUUUCAAAUCUCCGCACCCAUUGUUGAGAAACCGAGUAAAAAUGCUAUUUUUAUUGCAUCCGCUGCUGCUGCUGCUGAUUCUAAUGUUGCAGAUGAAGUACAAGUAAGUGAGAGCAAGAAAGAGAGUGGUGGUGUUUCUGUAGAGAAGCUUCCAUUAGAAUCAAAAUUGAAGGAGAGGGAAGAGAAGAGGUUGAAGAUGAAGCUUGCCAAGAAGAUAAGGUUGAAGAGAAAGAGGCUUGUUCAAAAGAGGAGGUUGAGGAAGAAGGGUAAUUGGCCACCUUCCAAGAUGAAGAAAUUGGAAGGUGUUUAA